AGUCACUGCGCCGCGAGAGGAAGAGAGCCGCCAUUUUAGAUUACAUCCACACACGGCAGCAACAAAAACAUUCUAUGUGUGAGAUUUUUUUUAUUAAAUAGCCGUGAAUUUACACGGUUAAUAAACACACGUCUAUAGAGAGAAAGAGAAGAAAACUAAGUGUGCGUUCAGUUCACAGAGGGCUGAAAAUGUCCGUCGACAGGAGAGAUGAGAAAGACGGAGAAGUGAAUGUACUGGAAGAUAUUUUGACCGAUGCUCCUGACCAGGACGAUGAGCUUUACAACCCAGAGAGUGAACAUGAUAUUAAUGAGAAAAAAGGGUCUAAAAGGAAGCACGAGCGAGGAGACGGUAAGGAAGCGAAGCGCCUCAGAUCUUCAGGACACGCCACCAGACAAUCAGUUAAAAGAGGCGCCUCAUCUGCUGGAUCAACUGUUAAAAAGAUAAGCAAUCCCAGAGGAAGACAUGCACCUGAAGAGCUGUAUGAGGACAGAAAGAGUCACACUGGAAGAGGCGGUACAGCUCAGGCUGAUGUGUCACGGAGCAGAGAGUCCCAAAGACGGAUCAAACCCCUUAUGGAGGAGGUCCCUGAGAUACGGAGAACCAGUGAAGACAACACAGGCAGAACAAGCCGCUCCUCCAGAGAGGAGGAGGCUCAGUCGGAGGAAUACGCAUCCGAGCAGGAGACCGGCAGCACCGCGGCCUCCUCUGAGGGCAACUGCUCCGAGAUAGAGGAGGAGGAGGUCAUGGAGGAAGAAGGAGAGGAGAAGGAAGGGGAGGAGGAGGAAGAAGAGGAGCAAGACGACGAAGAAGAGGAGUACGAGGUGGAAGAAGAAGAGGAGGAGGAGGAAGACCAGCGGGAGGUGAAUGAACAGAACGACUAUGACACAAGGAGUGAAGCCAGUGACUCCCAGUCUGAGUCCGUUUCGUUCUCCGACGGGGAGUCUGUGCAUUCGGUCUCUGGCUCUGAGGCUUCAGGAUCUGAUAAGAAACAAGAGAAACUGUCCUCGUCUGUCCGAGCUGUGAGAAAAGCUCCCCCCGUCUUUAAAGAUCAAACCAGCAAGCUGAAGUAUAUCCUGAGAGAAGCCAGAUAUUUCCUGAUUAAAAGCAACAACCACGAGAACGUUUCACUGGCUAAAGCAAAGGGUGUUUGGUCUACUCUGCCUGUCAAUGAGAAAAAACUCAAUGCUGCUUUUCGGUCUGCCCGAAACGUUGUGCUCAUCUUCUCUGUCAGAGAAAGUGGAAAGUUUCAAGGUUUUGCCCGACUCUCUUCUGAGUCUCAUCAUGGAGGAUCUCCCAUCCACUGGGUGCUGCCCGCAGGCAUGAACGCUAAGAUGCUCGGUGGAGUCUUCAAAAUCGACUGGAUUUGCAGGCGUGAAUUACCUUUUACCAAAACAGCCCACCUUUCUAAUUCGUGGAAUGAAAACAAGCCUGUGAAGAUCGGACGUGAUGGACAGGAGAUCGAACUGGAAUGCGGGACACAGCUGUGCAUGCUUUUCCCCCCCGACGAGAGCAUCGAUUUGUAUCAGGUCAUUCACGGAAUGCGUCACAAGAGGAGGAUGCACUCCGAGCCUCGGUCUCGGGGCCGACCCCCUCACCGAGAUCCCGCCCCUCGCGACCUGGGAAGUGCUGUCGAGAGCUUAACUUACACCUGCAACGUUUCUGAUAGCAAAAUGAUAAGGCGUCGUCCUGAGGAAUAUGACAUGCACAACCGGAAGCGGCCCAGGAUUGAUUAUCCGCCAGAAUUCCCACAGAGACCAGGUUUUAUGCAGGACCCUCGCAAUCCACCUGUGGACAGGCGUUUCUCUGGUGUUAGAAGAGAUGUGUUUCUAAAUGGAUCUUAUAAUGAUUAUAUGAGGGAAUUUCACCACAACAUUGGACCUCCACCACCAUGGCAAGGAAUGGCACCGUACCCUGGAAUGGAGCACCCACCCCAGCACCCGUACUACCAGCAUCAUCAUCAUCCUCCUCCACCACAGGCCCACCCUCCUUACUCCGGACAUCACCCAAUGCCACAUGAUGCCCGCUUCAGAGAGAAAAGGGUUGUUCGCUCUUUUGCCUCCAGUCUGCACGACUACGACAUGCGUGUGGACGACUUCCUGAGACGCACGCAGGCGGUAGUGAGCGGACGUAGGAGCCGCCCACGAGAACGUGACCGACAGAGAGAACGUGACCGACCUCGCGACGGCCGUCGAGACAGAGAGAGAGAGCGCGGCAGAGAACGAGACCGCGACAGAGAACGGAUUCGAGAUCGCGAGAGAGAGAAGGAGAGAGGCCGGUACCGGAGAUAGGGGGAAAAGUGUUAAACCUGUAUAUUCCUUUUUAUUUUGUAGAUAACAUUAGUGUUUCUUUUUCGUUUUUUACAGUUGAACCAUUCGUCCGAAAGCUGAACUAAAUCUUAGUUUUUUUACUCGACCCCCUGUCGUUGUAUCAUGUAAGCAGUGCAUCAAACUGAACUGUGAAAACCAAAAAUGUUUUACCCUCCGAUCUUUUUAGUUGAUUUUUUAUCAUCUGUUCUUCAGUUAUACAUCAACUCCGUGUACGUUUAAUUUCGGAUCGUGAGGGAUCUUCCAGUUCUUUCUGGUUCUCACAUAUUUUAAGUGUCUGUGUUUGCUAGCUCUGCUCUUGUCUCUGUGAUCUCCGUUGUACAUUUAAAUGAAGUCAUAAUCUGUGGCACUGCUAAGUAUGACUGUUGUAUCUUGUAUGCUGCUUUAGCUUCGUCUAAAGCCAGAUUCGUUUCUGGUGUUUGGAUUGGGAAAUGAGGAUGUGUUCCUUAUGUCAAGUGAAAGGACAUUAAAUGUUAUGAAAAUGUUUUGUACAAUGA